AUGUCUACAGAACUAACUUUACCUCAAGUUCCCGCUUUAGCAUUGAAUACUCUAGUGAACAUUCAUUCUUACAGUGAUGAAUUUCCGGUAAAGCCUGCAUCUCCUUCAAGUGAAUUCGAUAUCCUUAACGGAGGAUCAUUUUAA